GUCAACGUGUAUAUAAAUAAGGUGGUGGCGCAACGCCGAGACAUUCACCCGUACCACAACAACGAAGACAAGAGAAACAUGGAGAAAUUGUACGAGUACGUUUGACGAGCAAAAAAUGACUCGGACCUCUCUGAAAAUGAAGCGACGACACAGCGACGCAUAUCCGUCACCGACACACUCGCGGAGUUUACUGGUUUUUGUUGAGGAAUACCAGAAUACGUGAAAAUUCUCCCUGAAAAUCGCUACAGUCCGAGGAGAAGUAAAAAUGGCUACGAGUGUUUCCGAGAGGGUCUCGGAGCGGACGUUGGAGAGCCUCGGCAGCGGCGGGAUGGCGAUUCUGCCCUGGACCAAACACUUACUCACCGUGCUUUGGGAACAGCUUCGGUUGUUGGUUCAGGUCAUUUACUACACAUUCAUGUCUGUUUUCCAGAUGUUCAGGUUUGAGGUUCACGUGAGAAUCACGGACGAAACGGGAGAGCACAUCCAGCACAUGAGCACAGCAGCCAGCCCCUCCGAGUCCUUCCUGUUCUCCUCCAACUUCUGCGCUGACGUUGGGGACCCCUUUUCGGGGAAGUCCACCGCUGAGGCUCUGCUGUCCAGCCUGCGGGCCGACGACCUGUGCUGCGGGCUGGUGGACGACUUUGUGACCAGGACGUCCGGCAAAGAGGACGGCAUCUUCCUGGGACACCAGUCCAGCUGGCAGAUGGGCUUCCCCGGAGACUGGAACAUCUUCGUGUCCAGCAGCGAGGGCUCCGGGUCCAGCGACGGCUGCCAAAGCCCUGACAGAGCCCCGGAGCCGGGUCUGCCCAGGAGGAAGGCCUUCAGACCGGACGCCUCGGAGGAGGAGAGGAGCCCGCUGUGGAGCGAGUGCAGCGAGGAGGAGCAGAGCGUGGCCGAGUUCGACAGCGAGGAGAACAGGGCGCUUUGGGAGUCUCUUUCCAGAUCCAGCGAUCCAUACAACCCCUUCUUUUUCUCCGCCUGCGUUUCCACCGCCGCAGACAUGGGGAGGAGUAAGGGUGAAACCCCGGAGAACGGCCACGCGGAGCGGCCCGCCGUGGACGUGGUGGGCCCCCCCGUGCUGGACAUGUUGGUGAGCCGCUCGGACAGUGAGAGCAGCUGGAGCAGCUGGGCCGGCUCAGAGGGCUCCAGCCCCGACGUAGACCGGGAGGAGAGCCAGCGCCUCUGGGACCUGUUCAGCAGCCCCCAAGACCCCUACAACCCCCUGUGCUUCACUGCCAGCACGGUGAGCUGCACACGCCCCCCCCAAACGGCCGGCCUGCAGCAGGCCCCGCUCCCCGCUGCCCCCCCCAAGCUUUGCUCAGAAGCAGAGGAGAGCUGGAGCAGCCCUCCUCCACCUGAAGACGAGGAGGAGCUCCUGUUCUGCUCAGCCCUGAUGAAACCCGUCAGACCCCGGAACGCGCCGUCUGACGACAGCCUUACAGCAGUAGGCCUGCACCGAGACUCAGGCCCGCUGGGAAAUCACCAGCUCCUCACUGAGGAAGAGGAGGAGGAGGAGGAAGGCUGCUCCUGCUGCUGGAGGAGGGAUUGA